AAAGAAAACCCUAAAUCAAUGCCCACCACCGCCCGUCCCCUUUUCUCUUCUUCUUCUCCCCUUUUCUCAUCUCCUUUGUACUUCGUCUUCCUCUUUCUAUUCUUCUGAGCCCUUCGUCCUCUGUCGCAAAUGCUACCGGCGGUCUCCUAGGAGAAAACAAAGGUGAGCUUCAUUUCCUUAUUAUUCUUCCGUGACAUCUUCACCGCGUUGCUUGGGGUGCCUGAAUAUAUAUACACGAUUAGAAUUAGAUAUUAGAUAUUGAUAUUGAAAUCACACAUCCGUCACGUUUUGCUUCCAAAUUCCAAUCCUUCGUGCUCCGACCCGCGAGCCUCGACAUCCAAUUUCGUCUCCAACCUCCGGACAAAGCGGCGAGCCGGCGAUUGCAACUUCUUGUUCGUCUCUACUGCCUUCAUCUUCGUCUUCAUUGGCUUUGACGUUGUUUUCCAAAGCAGGACAACUUCAUCAUCAUAUUAACGUCCUUUUGUUCCACGCUUUCGUCAGCUAGUCUUGAAUCCAGCAUGUCAUCUGGCAGACGCCGACGUCACGAAGAGUCAUAUGACUCUUCAUCGGAUUCGGGUUCCGGCUCCAUUCAACGUGGGAGCAGGGCUCGUCACAAUACCAAGAAUUAUGAUAGUGAUUUUGUCAAAACCACUAAGCACAGGAGUAAGAGAAAGAUUACUGAAGAAGAAAUUGCGGAAUACCUAGCCAAGAAGGCCCAAAAAAAGGCUACAAAGGUAGCUAAAAAAUUGAAGUCGCAGACUAUCUCUGGAUAUUCCAAUGACUCAAAUCCAUUUGGCGAUUCAAAUCUCAACGAGACGUUUGUGUGGCGAAAGAAAAUUGAGCGUGAUGUGUCUCAAGGCGUGCCACUUGAUGAGUUCUCUGUCAAAGCGGAGAAGAAGAGGCAAAGGGAAAGAAUGGCUGAGAUAGAAAAGGUGAAAAAAAGAAGAGAAGAAAGAGCCAUUGAAAAAGCACAACAUGAGGAGGAGAUGGCACUUUUGGCUAGAGAGCGUGCUCGAGCUGAGUUCCAAGACUGGGAGAAGAAAGAGGAAGAGUUUCAUUUUGAUCAAAGCAAAAUUAGGUCAGAGAUACGGUUGCGUGAAGGUCGUACCAAGCCAAUUGACAUACUUACAAAACAUCUUGAUCCUUCAGAUGACUUUGAGAUUGAAUUAAAUGAACCAUACAUAGUCUUCAAGGGUUUGACCGUGAAAGAGAUGGAAGAGCUUUAUAAUGAUAUAAAGAUGCACCUUGAAUUAGACAGGGCAACUCCUACUCAUAUAAGAUAUUGGGAGGCACUUUCGGUUGUUUGUGAAUGGGAGCUAGCUGAAGCUAGAAAAAAGGAUGCAUUGGAGCGCGCCAGGGUGCGGGGAGAGCACCUACCUUCAGAGAUGGUUGGUGAAGAAAGAGGCUUGCAUGUUAGUGUUGAAGCAAACGUUAAGAGCCUUUUGCAAGGGAAAUCAUAUAGCGAACUAGAAGAUCUGCAAUCCCAGAUCGAGUCACAAAUGCAAUCUGGGACUGCUAAGGUGGUUGAAUAUUGGGAAGCUGUCUUAAAGCGUCUUCAUAUAUACAAAGCUAAGGCUUGUUUAAAGGAAAUUCAUGCUAAAAUGCUGCGUAAGCAUUUGGAACGUUUAGAGGCGCCAUCAGAGGGUGAAGAUGGCAAGAGAGAGUGGACUCCAGAGCUUGUUGAGCAGGAUACUGCUCACGAUACACAUGGUGCUGUUCUGUCGCCUUCACCUGUGAUGGAUGCAGAGGUCCCUGAUGAAGAAGAACUAGAUGGAUUGUAUUCACCAAAACUGUUGCAGAGUGAUGAAAAUGAAGAUGCUGUUGAUCCUGAAGAGGACAGAGCUAUUUUGGAAAGGAGGCGGGUUUCCGUUUUAGAAGAGCGGCGCAUACAAGAAUUGGCUUCAAGACCUCCUCCUGAAGAUAACUUUGAGAAAAAUGCUAUAAAAGCCAUGGGCACUAUGGAGGAAGGUGAUGCUGUAUUUGGCUUGGGUGAUGAAAUUAACCUUGACUCGCAGGUAUACUGGUGGCAUGAUAAAUAUCGUCCAAGAAAACCGAAGUAUUUUAACCGAGUUCACACUGGCUAUGAGUGGAAUAAGUACAACCAAACUCAUUAUGAUCAUGAUAAUCCACCCCCCAAAAUCGUACAAGGAUACAAGUUCAAUAUUUUCUACCCCGAUCUUGUUGACAAAUCGAGGGCUCCAACUUACACCAUUGAGAAAGAUGGAGACAGUGCUGAGACUUGCAUCAUAAGGUUUCAUGCUGGGCCCCCUUACGAAGAUAUUGCCUUUCGGAUUGUCAAUAAAGAGUGGGAAUACUCGCACAAAAAGGGGUUCAAAUGCACAUUUGAAAGAGGUAUCUUGCAUGUGUAUUUUAACUUCAAACGUUAUCGGUAUAGGAGGUGAUUUUGGGAAUUUUGUGCUGCUGUUGUUUUCGUCUCUAAAUGUACAUUUCUCCCGUUGGGGAUCUCUGUGCUUACUGGUGACUGGAUAUUUUGGGAGUUUCUAUUGUAAUUAAUUGUCACACUGGUGAUGUGGUUAAUCUUGAAGUUUGAUGUGCUUAUCACACUCCUCUGAACCCUUUUCUGUUGUACUGA